UUAUACAUCAUUUCGAUGCGAUGGCAGUGCCCACGGAGACACGAGGUGCCCCGCACCCUGUUCUCGAAGCUUUCAAACAGCCCGCCACAAAAAGAGGCAGAGAAAGAAAAAGUUCUUACGGCGAGAAAAUCACUGCACAACUCGUAUAGAACUGAAAUAUUAUGCAGUAAUUAUAAUAUCUCGCUAAGUUAUUUUAAAUACAAUAUUUCUUAUACCUUCCACACACUUGAGCAGUGCUUGAGGGUGGUAGCCACGGUCGCCAGCAGUCCCAUCACCAUCACCAUCGUCAGCGUAAAUGGCGACUUCCAGCGAUAUGCUGCCUCCAUCGGAGGUAGCGGCCGGCGGCUACGAUCAGGAUCGGAGGCCGCGUGUCCAAGUGAGACAUUGAGCAAUAGCUCAAGAGAUAUAAAUGGCCAUGCUUUAACACCGGAAGAAAUAAGAGCCUUUCAAGAAUGCAGCACUGAAAGCUUCAAGUACCGCGCCUUGCCACUAGCACUGGGUGCUGCUGUAGGGGUCCAGUAUGCCACCAAAGUUGGUUACCUCACACCGCAUCCAGUGUAUGGCUCCUACUUAAAGAUGAUUGGCGCUGCAUUUGUAGGAUGGCUGGUUGGCAAGGUCUCUUACCGCCGCCAAUGUGAGGAAAAGCUCAUGAAGCUUCCAAACAGCACCAUUGGGGAAGCCCUGAGACGAAAGUAUGGCAUCUCGUCGCCUGAUGUGGUCGUGGGAAGCCAGCCUGGAGACUAUGCCUCACUUUCUGCUCAAGAGAAAUAUUCAGCUGACCAGAGUGCACAGAGGUUGGACCUGCGUAGUUAUAAUGCACCUCAAGGUCUUGAUGACAGCCAGAGGCCAUCCAUGGACAACCCAUUUGUUGCCGAGGUGCCGGAGAACCUCCCGCCAGCUAAGUACUCAACUUCGUAUGAAGAGUUGCGUCGACGAAACCGCGAGGAGUACGAGAGGCGCUUGUCAGCACCACCACCAUCAUCGCAGCUACCGCCUCUUGCCUUGUCACAGCCACCUCCCGUUGCUCCUUCGCAGCCACCUGUGCAGCCUCCGUCACAAACGUUUGAAGAAAAGCCACAUAGGGGCUAUCCUUCAAGAAUCCCCAGCUCCGGGUCUGCACCAUCGGUUGGCAACGCAGGCAAGAAGAACAAGUAUGGAGACUCUUGGGAAGAAUAGGGACUUUACUACAUCCUAGAAAACACUUGUCUUCUUGGUGAAAGGAAGGACACAUAUAGUCUCUUGGCAGACAGCAUGGCUUAGCACGAAUAUAAGUAAAUACGGGAUGUUCUCAA